GUAUAAAAUAAGCUCAUGAAAAUACAUUUUUGUCUCUUGGUGAAGGAAGAAUCAAGCAUGGCUCAAGCUUCUUUUCUUUGCCUUCUCCUAAGUUUUUCCAUCAUAAUUCUUUCUAAUGCAGCCGACAUAAGCAUAGACUGUGGAUCAUCAAGCUCGCACAUUGACGCAGACAACAGAACGUGGGUGGGAGACACAGACUUUGUUACCACCGGUUUGACGUCUAAAUUUGUACUAAUAUCCAAAUUCUCUGAUUCUCUAACCACACUUCGGUAUUUUCCUACGGGAGAGACCAAUUGUUACACCAACAUUCCGGUAGAUAAAGGUGGGAAAGUCUUAGUUAGAACGAGAUUCCUCUAUGGUGAUUAUGAUGGAGAAUCCAAGGCUCCCAAAUUCGAUGUAGUGUAUGAUGGUAAACAUCGAGAUUCGGUCGUCACAACGACAUUUGAAAAAGUUACUCAAUCAGAGGCGAUAUUUACUCCUGAAAACGGGAAUAUCAGUGUUUGCUUUUUCCGUACGCUUUCGAACGAACACCCUUUUGUGUCCACCAUUGAAGUACGAAGGUUGGACGACUCUAUGUACACCGAUCUUGGCCCUAAGGAAGGUUUCAUCCUCCAGCAAAGGACCGCCUACGGUGCGCAGGAAUUAAUAAGGUCCCCAUAUGAUCCUUAUGAUAGAAUAUGGCUGCCAGCAACGGUUUUUGUCUCACAUCUAACAAGUUCUGCCACUUCUAUCAACACAACAGGAGCUGACAAUCGACCACCAGAGAUUGUCCUUCGGACUUCUUGGUCGAAGACUGACAUGGCUUUCUAUGAUAUAAAGCUACCUUUUUCUGGAGUGACAUUUUACAUUGUCAUUUAUUUCUCGGAACCACUAAGCCUUGGUUCUGACCAAAAGCGGUCUUUCAACGUUUACUAUGAUCAGGACAAGCAAGUGGGUUCAAAUCUAAUUGUGCCACCUUUUGGGGCAGUGACGCAAGCUUCUUUGAGGGGUGUGGGAAAGAGUGAGCUUCCCUAUCUGACUUUUAAGGCUACACCAGACUCGAAUUUGAACCCACUCAUCAACGCUCUCGAGCUCUAUGUCAUUAGUAAUAGUGGUGGAAGUGGAAACGGGACGAAUUCAACAAGCACGAGCGGUGGUGGCAGUCCUAGCCCUGGUGGUGGUGGUAGCAGCCCAAACACUGGCGGUGGUGGUGGCAGCCCCCCUAGCAACACUGGCGGUGGUGGUGGAGGCAAAUCCGGUAAUGAUUCUUUUAUUAUCAUGAAUAUAAGCGUUAUGAAAUUGUCUAAUGAAGAUUCUACAGGGAAGUCCGAUGGAGAGAAAAGCAGCAGCUUAGCUUUACCUCUUGGUAUUUCAUUCCCGUCGUUGUUGGUUCUUGGAGCUGGUGGUUGGGGCGCCUGGAAAUAUUUCAUCAAACCUAGGCGCCACCCCGAAUCAGAAAUGCCACUCAAACAGAAUAUAAGUGUACAAGUGAAUGUGGGAAACAAUAUGGGAAAUGCAACAGUAGUGAAUGCUGGGAAAUAAUGACGAGUUCUACUACAUAUGGAUCCAUCAUCAGUCACCAAACCACCCUCCAAUUUAUGUUAUUCUUUUUUUCCUGAUUUAUUGGUUGUUAGAUGUAAUUUAUACUAAUUUGACUCUUUUCAUCGUAUGUGUUAUCAUACAAAAAUUACUAAAUCA